GCGCCUUCUGAUCGGAACCCGACCAACUAUCGGAACCCUACAUACUCCGAUACUCCGAUCGAGCAAUGGAAGAGACCGAGCAGAACAGACCGGUAAUUUUCAAAGAUAUAAGAAGAUAUUCCUGCGAGUUCUGCGGCAUUUUCCGUUCGAAGAAAGCGCUCAUUUCGGCUCACAUCUUAUCUUGUCAUCAGGAUGAGCUCAAGGUCCGAGGAGAAUCAAAAGAGUCGGACGAAAAAGUGCCUAAAGUUCACACAUGUGCAGAGUGUGGAGUAAGCUUCCAGAAAUAUGCUUAUUUGAAGCAGCAUAUGCAAAGUCAUUCACUCGAGAAUUAUUGGUCUUGCAGUUUGAGAUUUAAACGGUUUCAUGGAAUAUCAAAUGUGACUAGUGUGAAGCAUUGGAUCCCAGAGAAUGAACUCCGAAAUGCAAGAGGCCGUUGUUUCAUCUUGAAUGGAAUAGUACCAGGUAGGGGGACCUCCUGUGAAGCUCCAUCAAGUGGGCCUCAAUCACGCUAUAUUCUUGUGUGCUUAGAGAUCCCCCACUCCAUCUCUUUCCUCUUCCUUAAGCAAAAAGCCAUUGUAGAUUGAGUUUUCAGUACUUAUGUUUGGUUUUUGUGAUUUUUGUUCCAAAAGAGGCCAUAUGCAUGCCCGGUAGAUGAUUGCAAGUGUAGCUAUAGACGAAAGGAUCACUUGAAUAGACAUCUUCUUCAGCACCAGGGAAAGCUGUUUGAGUGCACCGUGGAGGGUUGUGACCGGAAAUUCAGUUAUUGCAGUAAUAUGAAGCGUCAUGUCAUAGAGAUGCAUGAGCAGGGUGUACCAAUUGUUGUAGACACUCCAAAGCAGCAUGUUUGCACUGAAGCUGGUUGUAAAAAGGCUUUCAAGUAUGCAUCCCAAUUGAAGAAACAUGAAGGUUCUCACGUAAAGCUGGAUACUGUUGAGGCAUUUUGUUCAGAGCCAGGGUGCUUUAAAUAUUUCACGAAUGAGCAAUGCCUUAAAGAACAUACUUUGUCUUCCCACCAACAUGUUGUCUGUGAGAUCUGUGGGACAAAGCAUCUGAAGAAGAAUAUGAAGCGUCAUCUUCGCAUGCAUGAAGCUCAGCCAUCAUCAAAGAGAAUCCCGUGUGACUUUGAGGAUUGUGACCAUACCUUUGCAACAAGAUCAAAUCUUAAGCAACACAUCAAAGCCUCUCACCAGUCAAUUAAGCCAUUUGUCUGCAGUUUUUCUGGUUGUGGAAUGAGAUUUUCCUUCAAGCAUGUGAGAGAUAAGCAUGAAAAGUCUGGAUGUCAUGUUUACACCCAAGGAGACUUUGAAGAGACUGAUGAGCAAUUCAGGUCGAGGGAGAGAGGAGGCAGGAAAAGGAAGCUACCUGUUAUGGAGUCUUUGAUGACUAAAAGAAUCGUCCCACCAAGAGAUACGGAUUCCAUCAUCGAAAACGGACCCGAGUACAUAGCUUGGUUGCUUUCUGCUGGGUCUCAAGACAGUCGUGAGUAGACUCGAUGUGAUUACACGUAUGUAACGGGAAAGUAUAUAAGGGGUACUUGAGUUAACUAAAUUUGAAACCUUGUAAUCUUAUAAAAAUGAUAUGUGAUGGAAUUUUGCAACGGGAGAUCUUGUAGAGUUGUAGACACAAAUAUAAGACUGAUCACAAAUAUGGGGUAUGUUCAAUGGAAUGUAGACAUGCAGUAAUUGCGGUUUCAUAUCUUUUAAUAUAAAAUUUGAGAGUUGUACUCUCAGAACCUGCCAUUUGGCAAUCAAGACCACUAGCCUUC